AUGCCAUCGCUAAAGUCGAUUAACGUCUGGUACGGCGUCAUGUUUAUCAAGCGUGGGUACUGGCGGGACGCCGUCGUGCGGUUCCGCAUAGAUAUUCCCCGCGAGUACCCACGGACACACCCAAUAAUCACAUUGGCCACAUCCGUCGUGCACCCACUUGUGCGCCAGGACGACGGGAAAUUUGCCCUGGAGCAGCAGUUCCCUCAGUGGACACCGUACAGUGAUUACAUAUUCCACGCGCUGCACUAUCUCAAAAACUCAUUCAAGAACCGCGUCCUGAAGCAACUGCAGCCGCAGGACUGCCAUAAUAUCGGUGCGUACAUGAAGUUUAAAAACGACCUGCCUCAUUUCCGCGAGUAUGCGCGGGUCGAUGCGAUGAAGUCAAGGACGCCCGAAAUACUGUACAGGCCGCCACCUGGCGACUGCCCCAUUGUGUUUUCGCUGAUGUCGAACGAGGAUUACAACCUCACUAUGCAGCAGAUAAAGUCGUACGCGAACAACUUGAAUUAG